GCUGGGCGAUGCUGGUGGUGAAGGAGCCGAGGAUGAAACACGUGUUGAGCCGAACCAGAAAGUUCAGAGCAAAGGGGAACCUCCGUUCUUUGUGCGCUCUAGCAAGUCUGAACCAGUCAGCCUGGUGCCUCCUCCCUCCGGCUCACACCCUCCCUCCCACCGCUCCGGAGGAAUAUCCCAGCCUGCUCCAAGGUGCAGCUGGGCACCCAGGGCAGGACGGAGCCCGCCUAGAGUGGUGCCCGUGCCCACCGGACCGGACCGGGCGAGGAGAAGGGCUGGGAAGUUCGCAGGGUCCCUUGCAGGCAGUGCGGGCUCCCGCUUGCCUGCGCUGCUCCGCUGGCUGAGGUGCCCGGGAUGGGGUCCCCGCACUGGAAACGGCUCUGCCUUCUGCUCCUGGCGGCUCUCACAUCCUCCUUGCUCCUCUACGGACACUACUACGCGACGGUGGAGUCCCCCACCAGCCAGAGGAUCAUAGCCAGCCUGCUGCAGCCAGAGCCGCUGGUGCUGGCUCCGUCGGGGACGUGGCGCCGAGCUGGCAGCCGCAGGUGGGCUCUUGGAGGUGGCUUAGAGAGGGGGAAGUUCUUCAGGCCUUCCUCUGAGCUGGAGGAGCCCAAGCCCAGCAGACAGCAGUCCAGCACCUGCCUCAGCUCAGUGAUGGCCAGAGCAAAGGCAGACCCCAAGUUUGGGGACAUUUUCCGCUUCGACACUCCUGUGCUGAUGUGGGACCAGCACUUCACCCCAGAGACCUGGGACAGGCUGAAGACACGACACGUCCCCUAUGGCUGGCAGGGCUUGUCCCACGCAGCGGUGGGCAGCACCCUGCGGCUCCUCAACGCCUCUGCCAACAGGCAGCUCUUCGACAGGGGCAGCUUCCCCGGGGGCUGCGUGCGCUGCGCCGUGGUGGGCAACGGCGGCAUCCUGAACGGCUCGCGGCAGGGCAGCGCCAUCGACGCGCACGACCUGGUCUUCAGGCUCAACGGCGCCGUGAUCAAGGGCUUCGAGGAGGACGUGGGGACCAAGAUCUCCUUCUAUGGCUUCACAGUGAACACCAUGAAGAACUCCCUCAUCGCCUACGAGGAGUAUGGCUUCACCCAGGUGCCACAGGGCAAGGACCUGAGGUAUAUCUUCAUCCCCUCGGAUAUCCGUGACUACCUCAUGCUGAAGUCAGCCAUCCAGGGCAGAGCGGUCCCCGAGGGCUCGGACAAGGGUGACAAGCCACAGAAGUAUUUUGGACCAGAGGCAUCUGCAGAGAAGUUCAAGCUGCUGCAUCCAGAUUUCUUGCAGUACCUGACAACAAGGUUCCUGCGGUCAGAGCUGCUGGACAUGCAGUAUGGCUCUCUCUACAUGCCCAGCACCGGCGCACUCAUGCUGCUCACCGCCCUCCACACCUGCGACCAGGUCAGUGCCUAUGGGUUCAUCACCUCCAACUACGAGGAGUUCUCAGACCACUACUAUGAGACAGAGAAGAAGCCACUGGUGUUUUAUGCCAACCAUGACAUGAUGCUGGAGGCAGCGCUGUGGAGGAGUCUGCACCGGGCAGGGAUCAUGACCCUCUACCAGCGGUGAGGCCGGGCAGCCACCCAUGGAGGCAAAGCCAAGGACUCCUCUGGCUCUUCUCUUUCCUGAAGGCCACUUUCCUCCUGAGGGCCCUCCUCAUCCACCCAGCUAGCCCAAGGAGCAGACCCACCCCGC